AUAUACACGUACAUAUACACAUAACGUAGAGUGUGUAUACCUAGUGCUCGCGGCACUACUGUCACAGCAGCUCUCGCUUCUCUAUAUAUGUGCGUCUGCGUGUGAACCAUAAAUACAUGUACGUGUGUUUGUAAGUGUGUUGGUCGGUUGGAUAUCACGCAUACAAACACAUCUCGGGUAUCGAUAUAUCAGUGCAGCAGUAGCAGCAGCAUCAGCAGAACUACUCCGCUCUCGCUCUCCUAUCGUAUAUAAGAGCGGUAUACGAACCGAAGCAAUAACAUCGAUCCGCGGGCCCGACUUUGUGUACAAAGUGUUUAGAGACGAGAGCGAGCCCUUUGUCAUAGCUGUGUUGUCGACUCUUAUCUCGUUGCUCGCCCACCCCCAGCCGAAAUAAACGUUAUCCAGGAUCCAGGAUGAAUAGAACCAUGAAUGAAAAAGAGGAGUUGGUGAAAAAGUCAUUAUUCAGCUUUGUUAGAAAACAAGUCCCAACUGCCCAAUUAAAUCUUAUCGAUGACAUUGUCUUGGGCUAUGUUGUAAGCAUGGUUGAAGAAAGUGCUAUUGAGGAAGAACUGGAUGUUGAUGGAGUCAGUGAAAUGGUUUCAGCUUGUCUUCCAGAAUUUUCAUCCAUAGAAAAAGAGGCAGUCACAAAAUGGUUAUUCGACAUUGAAAGUCAGUUACGUGCUGACUGUAAAGAAGGCAAUGGAACUACACAGCAAGUUGAUCCGCUGGAUUGUAUUAAUUUGGCAGCAUUACUUCCUCAAGAGCCACAGCGUACUGCACGAGUACAUCAUUUAUCAGAAACAAGUGAUGCUGGUAGUGAUUCAAGUGGAGAAUAUUUUGCUGAGGAGUCAUCGUGGGACCAAGAAGUAGCACUAUUGCAAGAAAUGUUUCCUGAAGCUAGUGCUGCAGAGGCACGUCAUUGCUUGGCAGUGGCCAAUGGUGAUAUAGCACAGGCUGCACAGCUUGUUUUAUGCAGACAAGAGGCUGGACAAAGUAUUGUCAGCAAUUGUGCAUUGUUGACACCUAAUGGGCGCAAAGCUAAAGUUAACGACGAGGAAUUGAAGGCGCGCAUAAUUAACCGUUAUAGCUACGUCGACCGUGACGACGACUCACGCGAGCACCGUCCAGUGGCGCCGAAAACCGAGCCGAAGAAAAUGGUACGUUAUCUAGACAACAAAAUCGUGUCUGUUAAAGGCGAGCGCUUUACCGAAGUGAAGCGUGGCGGCGAAGAGGAAGACGGCAACGAGGCUGGUCGCAAGCCCCGGGGUCACUGCCAUCGCCCGUAACCAGUCGGCACGCCUCCACUUCCCGAUCCACCCCCCUGGAGGCGAACUACCACUCAUCUCAUCUUCGUCGUCGUCGUUGUUGAUCGUACAAAGCUCGAAAUCGUAUGCACUGACAAUAACACCGGGAAUGCAAAUACAGCCAAAGCCGCCACCGCUGAUGCUGCUGCUGCGUGACAUAUACUUAUACACUGCGAAACGCGGACAUCAAAGUUUUGCUGACUCUCUCUCUCUCAUUGUUUCUUAUAUUAAUCGUGUUCCCAUAGUAGCAGCUCGAACGAUUGCGCGAGCUAUCAUUCGACGAAAUCAUUACGUAAGUGCAUUAUAUACGUUGCUAUUCUUCAUUGUUGAAUGGAUGUCAUUGAGAUAAGAAGAUUAUCCAAAGAUUACUUUAGGUGCUGGCAAGGGUGACGCGAUUACAAUUUCGCGUCACGGCUUAUCGAGCAUUUUCAGCUCAAAAUAAAAAUUUCAUCGGUAAGCUUUAUCUGAAAAGUUAAUCGAUGAACUUUAAUCCUAUGAUAAAUAUCAAAUUUGACUAACAUUUGCAUUUUUAUAAAAGUUUGGUCAGUUGAACCGGCCGCGGGGGCUGUUUACAGCGGAGCUUAAAGCUUUGAAAUCUUGUUUUGAUUUCGAGAUUAGACUAGCUUAUCACGUUAUGAGAUGCUAUUUAUACUGUGAUUCAGUGGGUGAAAAUUCAUUGUGUAAUCGGAAAGGUUCCACUGCCGUUUAUUUACCGUUUCUAUUUUCAUGCACUGACAACCGGAACGCACUAACUUCUCUAAAGUUAAUGAAAAGCUUUACACUACGACCAAAUGAUGAUAGAAUUUUUUUAUUACUUUUAUGGGAAUUACGUUUGUUUUUAUUUUUGAAUAUUUUAUCAGAUUUUUUGACAUGAGCGAAUGCCAAAUAUAUAUAUAUAUAUAUCUUUAUUACGUGUUAAUUUUUGAAAAGUUUUUAGGAAGUUCGUUUUGCAAUAUACUUUCAAGUGACGAUAUUUAGUUCAAUUGUAAUUGAGAAAGGGGCUAAAUAUCGAAUAGCAGGCAAAUAAUCAAAAUAGCAAGCUUGGUAACUUUGAUGUCCGAGGUUUCGUAAGUGUAAAUAACUAUAAGGACGUAGCGAAUUAUUGUUUCGCUAAACUGAUAUACGACUGCACGAUGAAGGCCAUCAAGGAUGACUGCAUACGUGUAUUAUUUUCAUCGCUCUUAUUGACAGCCCAUCGAUUUUUUGUUGAGUCUAUACCCUAGUUUUAUUUUUAAUUUAAGACUGAUAUAAAUAGUGGAAAAUGAUUUUUUCCUGACUUUACUUUACGAUUUAGUUGUAUAAAUUAUAAGGACUCUUAAUUCAAAAUCAUUCGUGUUUCUAAUUUGUUGAAAAGUCUUAUAUGUGUAAUAUGUAAAAUUAUUUGUGAUAUAAACAAGAGGGAAAUACGAUAUAAAGUAAUACACGUAUGCAGAUGUAUAUGUGUUCAAUUAAUGUGAAAAGGUAAUAAUAUCUUCGAAUAUUUAUUGUCUUGUCGUGCCGUCCGUUUCUGGGAAAUGUGAAUUCGCUACGUUCGUGUACAUAAUAUGUGUCGACAAAAGUAAGAAAGAUUAAAGUGAUAGCGAAUUUUUUGGAUUAAUGAUAAAAACACUUCGCAUCGAAGUAUUAUUCGACGAGGAUCGAGAGCGCUCUCUAAACAUUUAGAUUAUAGAAUCUGUGUUGAACGAAGUCAGAAAAAGGGGGUAUGUGAUUUUAGGGAAGAUAAUAAUGCAAGUGAAUGAGCGAUCGUUAUCGAGCGGUUUCAUACUAGAUACGAUUAUCUCAUCUUCUCUUGUUUAGCGAAAAAAUUGUAUUGUUUCGAGCACGAUUUUUUCAUUUCGAAGAUAUCAAUUUGAUAUCGAUAUUUGUAUUCUUGAUUGACGAUUAAUUGUAUGAUCAUAUAGUUAUGCAUAAUUUUAAUCGAACAUUAAGUACGUCAAUCGAGAGAUUGAACUUUUUAAACCCUGCUUCAGGGCUACUGAAGACUAAAAGGAUGAUUAUUAAAAUCAUCGAACUUUUGCACGACAGUUUUUCAAGUUAGGCUUAGAUUAAUUUGAUUUUUUUUAACGUGAUGUGCUAAACGUAUGAAAGUAUGCGAUAAGUCAAACUUAGUUGUUAAUGAUGAUGAUUGUUUUUUACUUUUGUUUACACUUACGUGAUAAUAGAAAAAAGUGGAAAAAAAGGAAAAAAAAUUAUUUAAAAUAAUAAAGAAAACAGCGAUAAAAUGUCCGCAAACCGUACAUGAAUACAUGUAAUUUGUUUUUCGAAAAUCAAUUCGAAAGCAUUUAUAAUAAAGUUAGAUAAUUUUACGAUUAAUUAAAGAGGCUCUAAAGUUUCUUCACAUUUUACAUUGUCUAUCAGUAAAUUAGUUCUUCGUCUACAAAAAAAAGAUAUCAUAAUCUGACUGAUCUUUUUACUUGAAUACGUAAAACAGAAUUUGAAUAUCUUACGAUACAAACAUUUUCAUGUUUCAAAAGCAAUGGUUUUUUGAAAUUAAAAGAACUAUUUGUAUGGAGCAUGUUAUCAAAAUAACACUAUUAAAGUAAUAAUGACUCAAUUGUUAAUAAUAAUGAGAUAAUCAUUUUUUAACUAUUCAUUAAUUGUCAUAAGUACUAAUACGUCAAAGUAGCCUAUGACAUGUAUAAUUUUCACUGUUAACAGUUCGCAAGAUAAAAAUGUAUCAUCAUUUAUAGCAACUUUUAAAAUGCUUUGGAGCCUCUUUAAAAUAAGGAAAAAAACAAACAAACGUUAGGCAAAUAAAUACUAAGCCGUUGCAAAGACUCAUUUAUGAUUUAAUCAGUAGACAAUCUUGCUUUUUAUACUGAAUAAAAUGAAAUUUUAAACAUACGAAUUUAUCGUCAGAAAAAAUUUUGACAAGUCCGUAUAUGACGGCUGAAAAUUGGUAAUUAUUGCAUUCAAUUUACUUUUAACUCAUUUAUAGAUGGAUGAAUUGUACCUACUUUUCGGAAAAACGAUCCAAGCGUUCCUAACGCCAUAUAAUUUACCAGUAUUAUAAUUUAUUUAUAAAUAUUUAUGAAUUAAAUUUAAUUUAUCAUAUCUUUUGAAAUUUUCUUAAGGUAUAACUAUUACGUCGAAUUUUUCAUCAUGUAUUAUAGUAUUUUACAACAUAUUUCUUAUUUUAUUUUAGCGCAUUUAUUAUUACCGUAAAUCGUUUAAUAAUUAAUAAUAUUGAACGAAUAUUUGAGCAAUAUUGAGUAAAGAGAACGUUUUUCAAACAUCCAUCCGUCUACGAUAUAUAUUUUACAUUUUUAAUAUCUAAAAUAAUCAUAAAAAGAAUAUUAAAUCAACAUCUAUACGAUAACUCGAACUUUAAAAGUGAAAAUCAAAUAAUAAUAAUAAUUAAAUAGUACUUACGUAGUAAGCAAAAGAAUAAUAUUUUUAUUUUUCAAUUGUGAUUAUUGUUUAUGAAACUUGAAAAAUCUUGUGAAUCCUAAAAAUGUCAUUUGUCGUAAAAAAAUAGCUGAAUUGAAUAAAUGUUUAUAUGAUAUAAUAUUAUAAAAAAAUGGAUAAUAGUCAAUAAACUACAAUUAAAGUAAUGAAUGAA